CAAGAUUCUCACUUCCUUUUCAGUUUUAGGUCUCCUCUCGUGCUGAGCUGCUAUGCGUGAGCUACAGCGAUAACAAGUUAACUUGUUAGCUAACUCGCCCCUUGGGGGAUAAUUGUUGCAUCCAAAAUCUCCUACUCUCAAAUUACACAGAAAUAUUUCGGACAUGCCGAACAUCGUGCUUUUCAGCGGGAGCUCCCACCAAGACCUGUCACAAAAAGUGGCUGAUCGCCUCGGACUGGAAUUGGGGAAAGUGAUAACGAAAAAAUUCUCCAACCAAGAAACAUGGUAGGUCUAUUUUUACGCAUUUCUCGUCCGUCUUUUGAUAAAUACAUGUUUAGUUAACUUACAGUUGCGUUAGCUGAGCUAGCCUAGCAAGCUAGCUGGUGCUGGACGUUAACUUACUGCAGCCUGGGUCAUGCAUGCACAUGUGCGCAGGAGUAGUAAGUUUGCCAACUAUGCUAACGACACUUAAUACCGUUAGCUUGCUAACGGUAUUACAUCAAUACCUAAAUUGGCUAGUCAGUUAUAGCUAGUUCUUAUGUAAUCCUACGGUCCCGCGUGCUAGUUUUGAUUGUUGAGUCGUAACUUUGCAAGAUACACCAUGCUAGCUAACUCGCUAGUUUGUGAAAAGACUCACGUGACUUGAUAAUAGCCAACAUAGUUCGGGUAAACAGAACCAACUAGUGCAGCAACCGAGAACCAAGCCACGUUCAGUAGGCAAACGUCUUGAAAUGUUGCAGAUAUAAAUGUCAUGAAAAUAACUGAGUGAUAACUCUGCAGGUAGCCUAGUGGUUAAGAGGGUUGGGCCAGUAACCGAACAGUCGCCGGUUCGAAUCCCUGAACCGACUAGGUGAAAAUUCGGUCGAUGGGCCCUAAUUGCACCUGUAAGACGAUCUGUAUAAGAGCCUCUGCUAAAAUGACAAAAAUGUUAAAUAAGAAUGUAUACAUUUUUUCAUUUAUACAUAAUUGUUCUUAUUAAUAUCCGGGAUCUUAUCUGAAUUGUUCCUAUAUUUAUUUAUUUGCCAUGCUGCCACCCCUGGUUCCAUCUCAGCCAAAAUGAUGUAAUGCACUUAAUCUGGGUUCAUGUCCAGCUAGUAAGCAAGUUGACCUAAUUGUUCAGUAGAGAUAGUAGCUCCAUAAACCUGCACUGGUGCAUGUAGACUUUACAAUACUUGCAAUAUGAUGCAAUGUGUGUGAGCCAGUUCACUGCACUGCCCCAUGCACCAAGGUGAGCUAAGGUCUUCUAUUGAUUUAGCCUAGCUACAUUACUUGUCCCCUAUGUGCAAUAGUGGGUCUUUGUCAGCUAUAUUAAUACAAUAAUCUGCUUUAGAAUUUAUGGAUACUUUUGGAGAAAAUGUGGCCUGAUAGUGGGAGUGAGUGUACAAGGACACUGAUAAAUAAGAUAUUAUUGUGGGAUGUCUUCCUUGCAAGGACGAAAAGGGGAGGCAAGGACAUAGUAUUAAGCAUGAAACACACCGAGAAUCUCACUGCUAAUAGGUACUUAUCACAGUGGGAGGCCGUUCCUUCUCUUGCAAGAACAAAAGCGGGCCCUGUAGCGACAAACCUACUGAUUCUACUUGUAGAAUCGCAAUGCUUGUCAGUGGCCCACAAUUUGACUUUGAGCCAAUCAGAGAGUACAAACACCCACGUCAGGGAACUAACAAAAAAGGAAAAAACUGGCAUUUUCUCCGUACAUUCAUGGAUGAGCCAGUCACACUUCAUAUGCAAUGUAGGCUAUGGGAUGGUAGCUAGCUAAGUGCACAGACGCAAUGCACACAACAGUAAAUACUUUUCUAAGCUAGCUAACCACUGUAGCUAAUAACGUUAUAGACAUUAAAAUUAAAUCACAACAGAUUAGCUCGUUUCUAUGAAACAGCUGUUUUUGUUAACUGCCGUGUUAGUGCAGUGUCCCACAGCUAGAUAACUACGUAGCAAGAUGACAAAGAAACAAUUGAAUGCACUCUCCAUAAUCCCAUACUGCCAGUGCCAGCCUGGCACAUUUUCAACAUGUCCCUGACUGAGUCUGUAAGACCAACAUGUUUCAAGCAGACCACCAUAGUCCCUGUGCCCAAGAACGCUAAGAUAACCUGCCUAAAUGACUAGCGACCCGUAGCACUCACGUCUGUAGCCAUGAAGUGCUUUGAAAGGCUGGUCAUGGCUCACAUCAACACCAUUAUCCCAGAAACCUAGACCACUCCAAUUUGCAUACCGCCCCAACAGAUCCACAGAUGGUGCAAUCUCUAUUGCACUCCACACUGCCCUUUCCCACCUGGACAAGAGGAACACCUACGUGAGAAUGCUAUUCAUUGACUACAGCUCAGUGUUCAACUCUAUAGUGACCUCAAAGCUCAUCACUAAGCUAAGGAUCCUGGGACUAAACACCUCCCUCUGCAACUGGAUCUUGGGCUUCCUGACGGGCUGCCCCCAGGUGGUAAGGGUAGGUAACAACACAUCUGCCACGCUGAUCCUCAACACAAGGGCCCCUCAGGGGUGCGUGCUGAGUCCCCUCCUGUACUCACUGUUCACCCAUGACUGCAUGGCCAGGCACGACUCCAACACCAUCAUUACGUUUUCAGAUGACACAACAGUGGUAGGCCUGAUCACUGACAAUGAUGAGACAGCCUAUAGGGAGGAGGUCAGAGACCUGGCCGUGUGGUGCCAGGAUAACAACCUCUCCCUCAACGUGAUCAUGACAAAGGAGAUAAUUGUGGACUACGGGGGGAAAAAAGAGGACUGAACACGCCCCCAUUCUCAUCGACGGGGCUGUAGUGGAACAGGUUGAGAGCUUCAAGUUCCUUGGUGUCCACAUCACCAACAAACUAUCAUGGUCCAAACACACCAAGACAGUCGUGAAGAGCGCACAACAAAGCCUAUUCCCCCUCAGGAGACUGAAAAGAUUUGGCAUGGGUCCUCAGAUCCUCAAAACGUUCUACAGCUGCAACAUCGAGAGCAUCCUGACUGGUUGCAUCACCGCCUGGUAUGGCAACUGCUCGGCCUCCAACCGCAAGGCACAACAAAGGGUAGUGUGUACGGCCCAGUACAUCACUGGGGCCAAGCUUCCUGCCAUCCAGGACCUCUAUACCAGGCGGUGUCAGAGGAAGGCCCUCAAAACUGUCAAAGCCAUAAGACUCCUGAACAGCUAAUCAUGGCUACCUGGACUAUUUGCAUUGCACCCCCCCCUCUCCCAACCGCUCGUUUACGCUGCAGCUACUCUGUUUAUUAUCUAUGCAUAGUCACUUUAACUCUACCCACAUGUACAUAUUACCUCAAUUACCUCGACUAUGGCUAUAUAGCCUCCCUACUGUUAUUUUAUUUGACUUCUACUCUUUAAUUAUUUGCUAUUUUAAUAAUUUUACUUUUAAUUUUACCACUUUAAUUUUAUUUUCUUACAACUGCAUUGUUGGUUAAGGGCUUGUAAGUAAGCAUUCCACUGUAAGGUCUACACAUGUUGUAUUCGGCGCAUGUGGCAAAUACAAUUUGAUUUGGUCAAUAGGCUGUUGGUUGACCAAUGGGGUUUUAUGUCGAGCGGUCGCAAUUUUAGAUUUUUAUGGCACAUAAGACACUGAUUUACGCCUGUCUCAGUGGACUGCACAAGCAAAUUAGCCUAAUUGUAGCUUCGGUCUUACUUACCGGUACACACAGCCAAUACCUGAUACUCUUCUUAGGCCUACUUAAGACAAUGUUGAAAAAGUUUGCAGUAUAGCAGCAUUUAGUUGUAGAAAGGGAUUGACGCCAAAAAAGUGGAACGCAAACAGCGGUUUGAUUACCAUAGUUCGACAACGAAUAUGACAUACCAUUUGAAAACAGUAAAUUAGUCUAUUUUGUUUUUCUAGUUGCAUGCUAAAACAUUGACAGGUUUUAUACGCUUGACAGCAGCUGCUGCAGUAGUGCUCUCCAACGAGCUGAACUGAAUCGUCAGUGAGCGCUUUCUCCCGCGUUGGAUAGUGGUCGCUGUCCGUGGUUCUGAAACAAUCUUCAGUGCGCCGUUGAAUUGGUUUGCAGGUUAAACAACACAAUUCUUCAUUUUUACUUGGCCUUCUCAAAUAUAGUUACAACCAGGCCAAUUACCGGCAACUUCAGGAGCUUUACGGCAGAAUCUGCGAAGGCCAGCAGUAGGAGGAGGAGGGUCAGGAACAGGUUUUUUCCAACUGGUUAUCUUGUGUGUAUUUGUGUCUUAAUUAUUUAAUCAAACAGUGCGCUUAAAGCAUCAGACAAGCUCAGUGCAUAUAGUUGAUUUUAUUAAAACUUAGGGUGUGUCUAUAUGGGAAAAUAGACGUUUAAAGAUGUUGAUUGGUCGAAAGAACCGACUCUCGGUCUAACCAAUAAUUUUUUGCUCGGGGACAGUCCAAGUCUGUGCAGUCGCGGUGGGUCUCGUGUCUCCUCACGUCUGGCUUACGGUCUCCCCUUAUAAAUAGAACACAGGUUCCCUCGUGCCUCCUCUUCUGGGUGGUUCAGAGAGGUAGACCGGCUGUUGCGUUAAUUGCCCCUCUUGGUCAGAUGUGAUCACAUGACUCCAGCGGAGGCAGGGAAAAGGGGUUGUCCUGUCUGGAAUGUUUCACACGUUCCACGUUCAGUAGGCAAACGUCUUGAAAUGUUGCAGAUAUAAAUGUCAUGAAAAUAACUGAGUGAUAACUCUGCAGGUAGCCUAGUGGUUAAGAGGGUUGGGCCAGUAAUUGAACAGUCGCCGGUUCGAAUCCCUGAACCGACUAGGUGAAAAUUCGGUCGAUGGGCCCUAAUUGCACCUGUAAAACGAUCUGUAUAAGAGCCUCUGCUAAAAUGACAAAAAUGUUAAAUAAGAAUGUAUAUAUUUUUUCAUUUAUACAUAAUUGUUCUUAUUAAUAUCCGGGAUCUUAUCUGAAUUGUUCCUAUAUUUAUUUAUUUGCCAUGCUGCCACCCCUGGUUCCAUCUCAGCCAAAAUGAUGUAAUGCACUUAAUCUGGGUUCAUGUCCAGCUAGUAAGCAAGUUGACCUAAUUGUUCAGUAGAGAUAGUAGGUCCAUAAACCUGCACUGGUGCAUGUAGACUUUACAAUACUUGCAAUAUGAUGCAAUGUGUGUGAGCCAGUUCACUGCACUGCCCCAUGCACCAAGGUGAGCUAAGGUCUUCUAUUGAUUUAGCCUAGCUACAUUACUUGACCCCUAUGUGCAAUAGUGGGUCUUUGUCAGCUAUAUUAAUACAAUAAUCUGCUUUAGAAUUUAUGGAUACUUUUGGAGAAAAUGUGGCCUUAUAGUGGGAGUGAGUGUACAAGGACACUGAUAAAUAAGAUAUUAUUGUGGGAUGUCUUCCUUGCAUGGACGAAAAGGGGAGGCAAGGACAUAGUAUUAAGCAUGAAACACACCGAGAAUCUCACUGCUAAUAGGUACUUAUCACAGUGGGAGGCCGUUCCUUCUCUUGCAAGAACAAAAGCGGGCCCUGUAGCGACAAACCUACUGAUUCUACUUGUAGAAUCGCAAUGCUUGUCAGUGGCCCACAAUUUGACUUUGAGCCAAUCAGAGAGUACAAACACCCACGUCAGGGAGCUAACAAAAAAGGAAAAAACUGGCAUUUUCUCCGUACAUUCAUGGAUGAGCCAGUCACACUUCAUAUGCAAUGUAGGCUAUGGGAUGGUAGCUAGCUAAGUGCACAGACGCAAUGCACACAACAGUAAAUACUUUUCUAAGCUAGCUAACCACUGUAGCUAAUAACGUUAUAGACAUUACAAUUAAAUCACAACAGAUUAGCUCGUUUCUAUGAAACAGCUGUUUUUGUUAACUGCCGUGUUAGUGCAGUGUCCCACAGCUAGAUAACUAUGUAGCAAGAUGACGAAGAAACAAUUGAAUGCACUCUCCAUAAUCCCAUACUGCCAGUGCCAGCCUGGCACAUUUUCAACAUGUCCCUGACUGAGUCUGUAAGACCAACAUGUUUCAAGCAGACCACCAUAGUCCCUGUGCCCAAGAACGCUAAGAUAACCUGCCUAAAUGACUAGCGACCCGUAGCACUCACGUCUGUAGCCAUGAAGUGCUUUGAAAGGCUGGUCAUGGCUCACAUCAACACCAUUAUCCCAGAAACCUAGACCACUCCAAUUUGCAUACCGCCCCAACAGAUCCACAGAUGGUGCAAUCUCUAUUGCACUCCACACUGCCCUUUCCCACCUGGACAAGAGGAACACCUACGUGAGAAUGCUAUUCAUUGACUACAGCUCAGUGUUCAACGCUAUAGUGACCUCAAAGCUCAUCACUAAGCUAAGGAUCCUGGGACUAAACACCUCCCUCUGCAACUGGAUCUUGGGCUUCCUGACGGGCUGCCCCCAGGUGGUAAGGGUAGGUAACAACACAUCUGCCACGCUGAUCCUCAACACAAGGGCCCCUCAGGGGUGCGUGCUGAGUCCCCUCCUGUACUCCCUGUUCACCCAUGACUGCAUGGCCAGGCACGAUUCCAACACCAUCAUUAAGUUUGCAGAUGACACAACAGUGGUAGGCCUGAUCACCGACAACGAUGAGACCGCCUAUAGGGAGGAGGUCAGAGACCUGGCCGUGUGGUGCCAGGAUAACAACCUCUCCCUCAACGUGAUCAUGACAAAGGAGAUAAUUGUGGACUACGGGGGGGGAAAGAGGACUGAACACACCCCCAUUCUCAUCGACGGGGCUGUAGUGGAACAGGUUGAGAGCUUCAAGUUCCUUGGUGUCCACAUCACCAACAAACUAUCAUGGUCCAAACACACCAAGACAGUCGUGAAGAGCGCACGACAAAGCCUAUUCCCCCUCAGGAGACUGAAAAGAUUUGACAUGGGUCCUCAGAUCCUCAAAACGUUCUACAGCUGCACCAUCGAGAGCAUCCUGACUGGUUGCAUCACCGCCUGGUAUGGCAACUGCUCGGCCUCCAACCGCAAGGCACAACAAAGGGUAGUGUGUACGGCCCAGUACAUCACUGGGGCCAAGCUUCCUGCCAUCCAGGACCUCUAUACCAGGCGGUGUCAGAGGAAGGCCCUCAAAACUGUCAAAGCCAUAAGACUCCUGAACAGCUAAUCAUGGCUACCUGGACUAUUUGCAUUGCUCCCCCCUCCCCCAACCGCUCGUUUACGCUGCUGCUACUCUGUUUAUUAUCUAUGCAUAGUCACUUUAACUCUACCCACAUGUACAUAUUACCUCAAUUACCUCGACUAUGACUAUAUAGCCUCCCUACUGUUAUUUUAUUUGACUUCUACUCUUUAAUUAUUUGCUAUUUAAUAAUUUUACUUUUAAUUUUACCACUUUAAUUUUAUUUUCUUACAACUGCAUUGUUGGUUAAGGGCUUGUAAGUAAGCAUUCCACUGUAAGGUCUACACAUGUUGUAUUCGGCGCAUGUGGCAAAUACAAUUUGAUUUGGUCGAUAGGCUGUUGGUUGACCAAUGGGGUUUUAUGUCGAGCGGUCGCAAUUUUAGAUUUUUAUGGCACAUAAGACACUGAUUCACGCCUGUCUCAGUGGACUGCACAAGCAAAUUAGCCUAAUUGUAGCUUCAGUCUUACUUACCGGUACACACAGCCAAUACCUGAUACUUUUCUUAGGCCUACUUAAGACAAUGUUGAAAAAGUUUGCAGUAUAGCAGCAUUUAGUUGUAGAAAGGGAUUGACGCAAAAAGUGGAACGCAAACAGCGGUUUGAUUACCAUAGUUCGACAACGAAUAUGACAUACCAUUUGAAAACAGUAAAUUAGUCUAUUUUGUUUUUCUAGUUGCAUGCUAAAACAUUGACAGGUUUUAUACGCUUGACAGCAGCUGCUGCAGUAGUGCUCUCCAACGAGCUGAACUGAAUCGUCAGUGAGCGCUUUCUCCCGCGUUGGAUAGUGGUCGCUGUCCGUGGUUCUGAAACAAUCUUCAGUGCGCCGUUGAAUUGGUUUGCAGGUUAAACAACACAAUUCUUCAUUUUUACUUGGCCUUCUCAAAUAUAGUUACAACCAGGCCUAUUACCGGCAACUUCAGGAGCUUUACGGCAGAAUCUGCGAAGGCCAGCAGGAGGAGGAGGAGGGUCAGGAACAGGUUUUUUCCAACUGGUUAUCUUGUGUGUAUUUGUGUCUUAAUUAUUUAAUCAAACAGUGCGCUUAAAGCAUCAGACAAGCUCAGUGCAUAUAGUUGAUUUUAUUAAAACUUAGGGUGUGUCUAUAUGGGAAAAUACACGUUUAAAGAUGUUGAUUGGUCGAAAGAACCGACUCUCGGUCGAACCAAUAUUUUUUGCUCGGGGACAGUCCAAGUCUGUGCAGUCGCGGUGGGUCUCGUGUCUCCUCACGUCUGGCUUACGGUCUCCCCUUAUAAAUAGAACACAGGUUCCCUCGUGCCUCCUCUUCUGGGUGGUUCAGAGAGGUAGACCGGCUGUUGCGUUAAUUGCCCCUCUUGGUCAGAUGUGAUCACAUGACUCCAGCGGAGGCAGGGAAAAGGGGUUGUCCUGUCUGGAAUGUUUCACACGUUUCUUUUUUUGCUUGUUUUGAUGCCUGCAACUUGUGGAGAGAUGGGUGUGUGUGUGUACUGAUUCUUGGAAGUCUGCUUUUCCACACACACUUUCAAAUGAGAGCGCUCAUGUGAGGCUUGUUUGUCAACGUUACACUCAUUCUGGUCACUCCAAUUUACUGCACCAGACCUCCAUUAGUCCUCCGCUUGUGGCGUGCAAUUAUGAUACUGUGUUGUUAGAAAGUGAUAUUGGGUGCUGUAUCGGUUGCCCUUUUUCUAAGCAUACCUUGGAGGGAGAGAGAUGGCCUAUUUGAUAAAUGUCCAUGGUGAGAAGAUUAUGAUCAGCCUUCUCUGUCGGGGUAUACGAGCUAUAGGCCUAGCGUAGUUAUAAGAGUAGGGUGAUGAGGACGAAUGGAUGAUCUUCUCUACCUCAGUGUGGAGGUUAGAGGUUCCAUGGCGGUGGUGAGAAUUAUGAGCUUCAUCCUUUCCUUUAGAUGACACUAAAAUGAAUGAUGCUUCUUCUUCUCUUGGUCAGCGUGGAGAUCGGGGAGAGCGUGCGCGGCGAGGACGUCUACAUUGUGCAGAGCGGCUGCGGCGAGAUCAACGACAACCUGAUGGAGCUGCUGAUCAUGAUCAACGCGUGCAAGAUCGCCUCGUCGUCCCGCGUCACCGCCGUCAUCCCCUGCUUCCCCUACGCCCGGCAGGACAAAAAGGACAAGGUAAGCCUACCUACCCCCCCCCGCCGGGCUGCUCCCAGGCCCAAGGAAGUCACUACUAUGAUUCCCUCUGUUAGGUGGUCAGUAUGUAGUGUUAGGUGGUCAGUAUGUAGUGUUAGGUGGUCAGUAUGUAGCGUUAGGUGGUCAGUAUGUAGCGUUAGGUGGUCAGUAUGUAGCGUUAGGUGGUCAGUAUGUAGCGUUAGGUGGUCAGUAUGUAGCGUUAGGUGGUCAGUAUGUAGCGUUAGGUGGUCAGUAUGUAGCGUUAGGUGGUCAGUAUGUAGCGUUAGGUGGUCAGUAUGUAGCGUUAGGUGGUCAGUAUGUAGCGUUAGGUGGUCAGUAUGUAGCGUUAGGUGGUCAGUAUGUAGCGUUAGGUGGUCAGUAUGUAGCGUUAGGUGGUCAGUAUGUAGCGUUAGGUGGUCAGUAUGUAGCGUUAGGUGGUCAGUAUGUAGCGUUAGGUGGUCAGUAUGUAGUGCACGAGGAAGCAUAUACUGUGUGUAUAUCUCUCCUAUUGAACGGUUUCCCCAGACAGACUUGAAGGCAUGUCAUCCAACAACUUCUGUGUUACUACACAAAAACCAUAGGAAAAUUACAGCCUCAACCAAAUAUUGCUGUAGGUUUGAAUUAGAGUAUGGUUCAUCACCCGACAACAAUUAAGCCUAAUUCUCGUUAACAGUUCAUUUUACUUAACUCAAGGGUGACGUCAGGCAUUCCAAGAGGGGAGAAAAGGUUCACACACCGCUUAUCUGGUAAAUGAUUGUCACACACUGUUCCAGUUAAUAAAGUAACAGAAACAACAGAGUUUCCUCAUGUAGCAAGCCACAGUUGUUCUGAGGCCUAUCCUAUAUUCCACUGUUUCUUCCUCUUUCUCUCUAUCAACCCAAAGACAGUGUAUCAAGCACCAGUUACUAUCAUGAGACCCUAAGCACGAGACCUCUAACGUUUUGGAGCAUAUCAUGUUUUCUCACAUGAAGGUGUAACAUGCCAGACCUCAAAGGCCCCUCUAACCUAGUGGCAUACAGUAGCCCAGCGUUUCCCUACUCCAGUCCUCCAGUGUACCCCCUACAGCACACAUUUUUGUUGGAGCCCCAGACAAACUUACCUGAUACAAGGUCAUGCCUAGAAGGGAUCCUGUUAAUGUCAAAAUGAUGUCAUAACUUGCAUAUUCGAGGUCACGUCGGGGAGAAUUUGAGCACUUUAGCUAACCCUUUUCCUAACCUUAAUUUAAUGUUCCUAACUUGCUUUGAAAAGUCACAUCUGACAUUAGGGGCAUCCCAUCUAGUCAAAACCCUGAUUCAACUCAUUGGGGGCUUGAUGAUUAGUUGACGAGUUGAAUCAGGUGUGCUUGUCUGGGCCUAGAACAAAAAUGUGUGCUGUAGGGUCUACUGGAGUUGGGAAAUACAUCUGUAGCCUAUACAAACACGCAGAACUACAAGUUCUAGAACAGGACAUUACAGAUUUCAGACAGAGGGUCUACUUAUGUUUGUAAAUCAAAGUUUAAUACAAGAAGGAUUUAGACGGGUGUGUUCGCUUAUACCAAAUUAUGGAUGUUUAAUUCCACAUGUAGGCCUAUCACUGUUGUCUUUUCCCUGAGGCAUUUUAAAUCAAUUCAUGGCACUGUGGAAUGUGACUUAGUACAAAAUAGGUGUUGAAACAAGCAUCCUGCCAGAGUUGAACUUGUACAUAAAGGAAACUGUGGGUUGAAGUGAGUCAUGUGAUUUGUCCCCUGAAACCACAAUCUCAACAGUCACCUUGUGCUGCUGUUUGGUUACAUAGGGCUGUGUGUGCAUUAACCACAGAGGACCGAGAUGUCUGUGUUGAACAAGCGAAAACCUGUAGCCAAUCACCAUCUUCUGUUGUCCGUCACCUGACCUGGAUUGUGUUCCUUGUGAAGGAAGACAACAGAGCAGAGGAUUUAGACUUGACUAGUUAUUUAAAUCCAGGGCAGUUACUGUAGUACUACAAUUGUUGCCACGCUGAAUAAUUGAAAUUGGGUGCUUCAUCUGAAAGAGCCUGUAACUCCCUCUGUGUCCCAGAGUCGCGCUCCUAUCUCAGCCAAGCUGGUGGCCAACAUGCUGUCUGUAGCCGGCGCCGACCACAUCAUCACCAUGGACCUCCACGCCUCGCAGAUCCAGGUAGGCAGCAGUCGGCACAUCAUCACCGUCACAGCAAUGCAAUUGCAGGGUGCAGUUUCCCUUGCCGAUAAAUGAAGUUACAUUGAAUUGAAACGGCUAGUAGUAGUUGCUCAAUUUGUCUCCUUCCUAGUUAUUGCAGUGAAGUCUGAAGUUGUCGCUGCAUGUUUUUGCACAAUACUAGUCUGUAUAUUAUGUUAAAGGGGGAAAUGUUUGAAGCUUUUUCUGAUCUCUCGGUAGGGAUUCUUCGACAUCGCCGUGGACAACCUGUAUGCAGAGCCCGCGGUCCUCCAAUGGAUCCGGGAAAACAUUCCAGAGUGGAAGAACAGCUGCAUCGUGUCCCCUGACGCUGGAGGAGCCAAACGGUAAUAACCAAUUCAAUGUGGCAGGGUCACGUGAAAACCAGAUAUGGCUGGUCCUGAGGUCUUCAAAAAUAUGGCAAAGCUAUGGGGAAAGUCAGAAAGGUUUGGACCUGUUCAUCUCUCCAUUGUGUUUAACCUUCCAUCUGUGUUUCUUUGUACUUGUCCAUCUUCGAGAUGAGUUCCGCUAGACUUAUGGAGGUCAUGUGUUCAUUUUCAAACAUUUAAACGACGGGGUUCGGUUUGCGAAUGGAGAUGCUAUUUCAGCUGGGCACUGUCAUGCCUCUCCCUCUGUCUCAUAUCUCUUGGUUUUAAUUUCCUGGAUCCAGAGUGACCUCCAUCGCUGACCGUCUGAACGUGGAGUUUGCCCUCAUCCACAAGGAGAGGAAGAAGGCCAACGAGGUGGACCGCAUGGUCCUGGUCGGAGACGUGAAGGACCGCGUGGCCAUCCUGGUCGACGACAUGGCCGACACCUGCGGCACCAUCUGCAAAGCCGCCGAGAAGUGAGUCCCAGCAACCAUAUAUAUACAGUGGGGAGAACAAGUAUUUGAUACACUGCCGAUUUUGCAGGUUUUCCUACUUGCAAAGCAUGUAGAGGUCUGUAAUUUUUAUCAUAGGUACACUUCAACUGUGAGAGACGGAAUCUAAAACAAAAAUCCAGAAAAUCACAUUGUAUGAUUUUUAAGUAAUUAAUUUGCAUUUUAUUGCAUGACAUAAGUAUUUGAUACAUCAGAAAAGCAGAACUUAAUAUUUGGUACAGAAACCUUUGUUUGCAAUUACAGAGAUCAUACGUUUCCUGUAGGUCUUGACCAGGUUUGCACACACUGCAGCAGGGAUUUUGGCCCACUCCUCCAUACAGACCUUCUCCAGAUCCUUCAGGUUUUGGGGCUGUCACUGGGCAAUACGAACUUUCAGCUCCCUCCAAAGAUUUUCUAUUGGGUUCAGGUCUGGAGACUGGCUAGGCCACUCCAGGACCUUGAGAUGCUUCUUACGGAGCCACUCCUUAGUUGCCCUGGCUGUGUGUUUCGGGUCGUUGUCAAGCUGGAAGACCCAGCCACGACCCAUCUUCAAUGCUCUUACUGAGGGAAGGAGGUUGUUGGCCAAGAUCUCGCAAUACAUGGCCCCAUCCAUCCUCACCUCAAUACGGUGCAGUCGUCCUGUCCCCUUUGCAGAAAAGCAUCCCCAAAGAAUGAUGUUUCCACCUCCAUGCUUCACAGUUGGGAUGGUGUUCUUGGGGUUGUACUCAUCCUUCUUCUUCCUCCAAACACGGCGAGUGGAAUUUAGACCAAAAGCUAUAUUUUUGUCUCAUCAGACCACAUGACCUUCUCCCAUUCCUCCUCUGGAUCAUCCAGAUGGUCAUUGGCAAACUUCAGAUGGGCCUGGACAUGCGCUGGCUUGAGCAGGGGGACCUUGCGUGCGCUGCAGGAUUUUAAUCCAUGACGGCGUAGUGUGUUACUAAUGGUUUUCUUUGAGACUGUGGUCCCAGCUCUCUACAGGUCAUUGACCAGGUCCUGCCGUGUAGUUCUGGGCUGAUCCCUCACCUUCCUCAUGAUCAUUGAUGCCCCACGAGGUGAGAUCUUGCAUGGAGCCCCAGACCGAGGGUGAUUGACCGUCAUCUUGAACAUCUUCCAUUUUCUAAUAAUUGCGCCAACAGUUGUUGCCUUCUCACCAAGCUGCUUGCCUAUUGUCCUGCAACCCAUCCCAGCCUUGUGCAGGUCUACAAUUGUAUCCCUGAUGUCCUUACACAGCUCUCUGGUCUUGGCCAUUGUGGAAAGGUUGGAGUCUGUUUGAUUGAGUGUGUGGAUAGGUGUCUUUUAUACAGGUAAAGAGUUCAAACAGGUGCAGUUAAUACAGGUAAUGACUGGAGAACAGGAGGGCUUCUUAAAGAAAAACUAACAGGUCUGUGAGAGCCGGAAUUCUUACUGGUUGGUAGGUGAUCAAAUACUUAUGUCAUGCAAUAAAAUGCAAAUUAAUUACUUAAAAAUCAUACAAUGUGAUUUUCUGGAUUUUUGUUUUAGAUUCUGUCUCUCAUAGUUGAAGUGUACCUAUGAUAAAAAUUACAGACCUCUAGAUGCUUUGUAAGUAGGAAAACCUGCAAAAUCGGCAGUGUAUCAAAUAAUUGUUCUCCCCACUGUAUAUAUAUAUAUAUAUAUAUAUAUAUAUAUAUAUACACACACACACACUAAUAUUCCCAAAGUUACGUUACUUUACCAUGGCCUUGAUGUAGAUUAUUUCUGUUUGGCUUGUGGUCUCAAUGCAAGUCAGUAUUCAUAGAUGCUUGCUAUGAAGGCUCAUCUGUUGAGCAGCCAUGGAUAUCAAAUCACAGUAUGGUUUAUUGACCUGAACCAUUGUAUCAAACUUAAUGACAUAGAUUGUGUAGAGGGUGAGAAGUGAUGUGGAGACUCAAAAUCAAGUCAGGGUUUUUUUUCUGCAUCAAACAUUUCCUGAAAUUCUACACAUCUUGCCAUGGGGCUGAGAGAAAAUGUUUAGUUUUUAAGUUUUACUAUCUUGAAAAUUAUUUUUUGCAACCAAAAAAUAUAUAUUAUUGUUAUUUACUGUUUGGACAUUCACUCUUCUAUUUGAUACUCAUGCACAUUUAAUUUUUGUACUUUGCUCGUACACUUUAUUUUAUCCGACCUUCAAAUGCAGUAUUAAUAUUAGUCAAAAAAAUGUAUAUGACACAACUCCAAUAUCUCUCUCUAGAUUGAUUGAUGCCGGUGCGAUCAAGGUCUAUGCUAUCCUCACACACGGCAUAUUUUCCGGUCCGGCCAUCGCGCGCAUCAACGACGCUCCCUUCGAGGCCGUGGUGGUCACCAACACCAUCCCCCAGGAGGAGAAGAUGAAGUCGUGCCCAAAGAUACAGGUACCCACUGUCCAGAUAGGCACUCCCUGUUUACUCACACGUCCUGGUACAUUUUAGCCAAUGAGGAUUGAGGAAUCCCUUUGUGAUACUUGCAGCAUUUUGCCACUCCCAUGUCUCGAAAUAACUGUAGCUUGCUGUUGUUGUUAGAGCUAACCCUUCCAACCAGGAUUGAUUGGCUGCCCUAUAGGUUACCUGACCUGAGGCACUGGUUGAUGGCGGUCUGCCAUAGAGAUGUAUAUGAUGUUGUAUUUCUAUGGUCUCCACCAGAUCAUAGAUAUAGCCAUGAUCCUGGCCGAGGCGAUCAGGAGAACCCACAACGGCGAGUCGGUGUCCUACCUCUUCAGCCACGUGCCCUUGUAAAGGAUAGCCACGAGAAGAGGGCACAACGGCCAAUGGUGGCUGUCUCUCUCUCCUCACGGUCCAAUCAGCUCGCACCUUCAGCCACCACGCCCUCGGGGAAGUCCUUAAACCCUGCGGGUGUGGGCCAAUUACGCGUGACCGAGUCCUAAAGGCCACGCCCACUUUCCCGGCUCCAUUGUCCGUGUAGAGACCCAAGAAAGAGUAUCACCUCUUAUUUGAGACCAGCAACUUUCUAUUUAUGCGUAUUACCAUGUUAAGACUUCCUUAUUGUGUUUGUUUCAAUAACAUGCUUUGCCAGCCUUGCCACCCAAGGGAUCUGGCUGUCACUUUAACCAAAGGUCCAUUGCCUAACGAUGUUCCUGUUUGUUGUUCCUCAUUUUCUGUCCAUUUCACUAUAAAUGAAAGCAUUCCAUUGUGUGAUGUCACUUAUUGAUUUAUCUGACUGUUCUAACCCGCACCGUGGAGAAUCUGCACGGUGGUUUUAGAGGCUAACCACCUUUCUGUUUCAUCAAUACACGCCCGUUACGAAAUACCAGGGUCCUAUUCACUAGACUCAAAACGGUAGCAAACGGUGAGGGACUAUCUGUACAAUAACAAAUUCCUGUCUUCACUUUCUGUUGCGAGACAUUUUGCUACGGUGUGUGCUAAUCAAUGCAACCCAAGGUUGUUAAGUCAUUAACAGCUGAUCAUUCCUUUAACCAGCAACAUUUGGUUAGUGUGGGAGUACAGUCAAAAACAUUUUAUCAGAAUGAACCAGAGCAGAGGCUGUAUUUGUUUAACCAGUAGACAUAUCAGUUCUCCAUGGUACCUACCUACAUAAUGUUUACCUCUUUCUAGCAUUGUCUCCUUAAGGUCCAAAAAUUAUCAUGGAUUUCAAUUUGAGAUAUGAGAGAGAGACAAUUGUUGUAAGUAUUUCCACAUUUUCUGACAUUCUAGUUAAAACGUUGUAGUUUCUUUAGUGCCACGUGACAAGGCCAAAUCUGAUUAGCCAUUUUAGUUUCCUUAAUUUAGUGUUCACCUGGUGUUGCACUCCCUCUAGUGGCGGAAUGGUGUCAUUGCAGGGCCUCAUGCUCACCUUUGUAUUUCUGAUCACAUUUGCUCAAUAACUAUCUUGAAAUUGCUCAUUUACUAAAACUCCAUCACCACUUAUCUCUUGCUACACAGGGCCCAGUUUUGCAAAAGUUAUCGGAUUUUGGCAAUCGAAUAGGAUUAAAUGCAUAGAAAUAGAAUGAGUAGAAAGGGUAUCCCCAUUCAAGUCAAUGAUUUAUUAUAUUUAUAUGCAUUUAAUCCAAUCUGAUACCUUGAAAAACUGGGGACAGUUCCUCUGUAUAUCAGGUGUAUCCAUCUAUUCAAAGGGUGAUUGGUCGAACAAUCCUCAUCCAAAAGGUCAUGAACUUCAAAGUUCUACAUUCCUCAUGUCUUAAGUCUUAUUUUUUACAAUUAUUUGUAGAGAAGAGAAAAAGUAGGAGGGUAACUCAUCAGUGUUCAUUUUCUCAUGAUGUAAGGUGAUAUUGCGCCCAAAAAUUAGGCAGUUGAUUGGUUGAAAACUGCUGGUGUUUUUUUUUUUUUUUACACUACCAGGUAAUUUCAUUGUUAAUAAAAAACUUUGACAAUGAC